AUGGAGAUCACGCGCGGCGUGACUGAAGUGAUUCGCGCGAAUCGAAGCUUGAUCCGUGAGCGUUACCCCAAGACCCUCAGAAGAAACACUGGAUAUCAACUCGAUGUGAUCCUUCAGCAGCUUGAAGCUUGUGACUGGGAUCCAGCGGGCGUGAAUCUGAAAGAUCUCUUGUGUGGUAGCGAGGGCACGCUCGCGAUGACGUUAGAAGCGACGCUUAAACUUCAUCCGAUCCCACGAGCGAAGGGGCUCGGGGUCAUCGCGUUUGGCUCUGUAGAAGAGGCGAUUGGUUCGGUCAAUGGAUUGUUGGAGUUGCGUCCGGCAGGGAUUGAGUUACUUGAUGAUCUGAUCUUGGAUCUCGCACGCGAGAAUCGCGAGCAGUCGCGUUAUGUUGAUCUGCUUCCCAAGUUGAGUUCAGGACAGACACGGGCGGUUUUGUAUGUGGAGUUCUUUGGCGAGUCGGUCAACGCUGUGCGUGCUCAGCUCGAAUGCGUAAGUGAUGUGGUAUCUGCCGGUGCCGUCGAGUUGAUCACGGACAAUGAGGCAAUGGUGCAAGCAUGGAAACUACGCAAAGCUGGUGAGCCACUCUUGCAUGGGAUCAAGGGUGAGCGCAAGCCGUUGGGAUUCAUUGAGGACUGUGCGAUUCCGGUCGAUCGGCUCGAGGAGUUCGUCUCGCGUCUGAGGAGGAUCGUCGAGCGCGAAGGUACGGUUGCUUCGUAUUACGCUCAUGCAUCAGUAGGGGUGUUGCAUGUUCGUCCACUCUUGAAUCUACGGGAUCCGACCGAUGAGGAGGCGAUGCAUCGGAUCGCAUCUGUUUGUGCUGAUCUUGCCAAAGAGUUGGGCGGAGUAGCAUCGGGUGAGCAUGGAGAUGGUCGUGCUCGUGGACCUUUCCUAGAACGAUUCAUGGGGAGAGAGUUGAUGGAGGCUCAUCGUUCUAUCAAGCGACUCUUUGACCCUCACGGCGUGAUGAACCCUGGGAACAUUGUCAAUCCAGGUCCGGUCGAAUCCAUUUCUCAGCAUACUCGGAUCCGACCUCAAAGCACCGUCUUGACCAUUCAUGGCGAGGAUGUCGAUCACGGAAGUGGGUAUCGAUUCGAUCGUGAGGGUGGUUUGGGUCACGUUGUUGAGAUGUGUAAUGGCGCGGGUGUGUGCCGAAAGAAGAUGGUGGGAACGAUGUGCCCUUCGUAUCAGGGCUCUUUAGACGAACGGCAUUCGACUCGUGGUCGAGGGAAUGCGCUGCGGUUUGCGAUUACCGGCCAGAGUAAGUUCGGAUCAGAAGGCGGAGAAGCUCACUGGAACGAUCCUGAGACCAAAGAGACGCUUGACCUGUGUUUGAGUUGUAAAGCGUGCAAGACGGAGUGUCCAAGCGGGGUUGAUAUCGCGAAACUCAAGAGCGAAUAUCUUUGGCAGGGGUAUCAAAUGGAUGGUGUUGCUGAUCUCCGAUUCGAUGACUACUCAUACAGAGCCGAGGAUUGUGGGCGCUGCCCAUCGGGAGUGCUUUUCUUCGAGCCUUCGUCGAUGUCGGUGGUGACGGACGAAUGGGAAGAUUUGCUGGAUGAAUCUCGCAACGGUGAAGUCGCACGGCUGAUCGCUCAAUCAUCUCUUGUAGAAGAUUUCAUCGCUCGUCAAUGGGAGACACAUCCGGUCCAACCUUCAGUUCAUUCACAUGGGCAGCGAAUCAUUGUUCACACGCAUUGUCAUCAGAAGUCGCUCUGGGGUAGUGAGACGACUAUGGACAUGUUUAGACAUAUGGGUGCGGAUGCGGAACUGAUUGAUGCGGGUUGCUGUGGUAUGGCUGGUUCUUUUGGCUUUAUGGAUAGCAAGUAUGAUCUGUCGAUGACCAUCGCCGAACAGCGAUUGAUACCAGCGAUUCGGGAGCGGGAUGCCAAUGCAUGGGUAGUCGCUGGUCGGCGCAUUGAUCUCAUGGGCAAUCGAGCGAAUCAGUUCCGCGGCUUUGUUCCACUGCGUACCAGUCGAUGGGCCUCCAAUAACCAGUCGGUGGGCACAUACUGGGACGAGGAGGUGAUAAACAUCGUCUGGUUCGACAUAGUGAAUCUCAUCGAUCGUUUGCUGGAUCUGAUUGACUUCAUCGGCGUGAAUAACCGGAAGCGGUCGAGUUGGUUUUCAGGGAGUGGGACAGUGUAUCCGAGGAUGUCGGCGGGCAUCAUGUCCGGCGUAAGUUGGAUUCGAGAGAAUGAGGCAUCGAUGGAUUUGGCGAGUGAUGAGGUAGACCUGCUGGAUUUGGUCGCGGAGUUUAUCAACAAAGUGAUGCAUAUCGGUCAUCAUGUUUCGCCGAAACUGAGUGGGAAUGGGAUCGUCCUCUGGAGCGUUGGCGCUCUGGUUGCAUGCUGCUCGGUUUGGGUACUUCGAAUCGACGAGAUUUUCCGCGCCAAGUUCGCAUUCAAUGCCGGCGUUAGUAACUGGGUGAGUCUGAUUGGUGUGAUCGCGUUGAUCAGCUCAGGAAUUGGUGCGCUCACACUCAUUCGUCCACAUCGACGCGUGAGCCGGCUAAUGGCUAUUCGUGCAGCAAUAGGGGUCUCUGCAUACAUUCCUGUUAUCAUGAUGUACUGGGCCGUGUAUCGGGGAUUUGAUCAAUCAGCGACGAUGCCGUUGAUUCAACCUGGCGCACAGGAUCUUGAGCGGUCGAUCUUGCGACUGGGAAUGUUUGUCGGAGUCGUGGUCAUCGUACUCGGGAUUCGACCAAAUGCUUUGAUGCUCGCGAUGCGAUCUGUGAUCAUUCGAACAGGGCGAGUGGAUCGCCAGUCCAUGUAUGCGUUGCUCUUGUCGUUUGGUGUCGCAGCAGCAGGCGAUGCGCUCAAUGUUCUGGGCAUGUUGAGUAGUGGGGUUGUAGGGGAUCUGCUCUCCCAACUCCAUGUAGUUCUGGUCGCGUUGGGGUCUGUGCUCAUUACGCUGGGGAUGACCAAUAUUGUUAUUGAUACCAUUCGAUUGCGACCUGUGCUGCUGCAUAGGGGGGUGGGGCUCGUAGAUGUCUUUGAGACAAAUAGCGAAAAAGAUAAUGAUAUGCGGAAUACACGGAUGGCAAUGGGAUCCCUGAUAGUUACUGCUGGUUUCUUGGGAUACUUGAGCACGACAGCUCUUGGUGCAGAUCAAGUAGAACUCGCAGUGCUCGAACUCUCUGGCGUCCCGGUUGAGCAGGACACGGGGAUGUCUUGGAUCGGUGAAGGCACUGAUACGCUGCUGGGGCUAGUUAAUACCAUCGACACGCUGGCGUUUGAUGACGAGUUUGAUGGGCUCGUGAUCCGUCUCAAGGAUGCGGGAUUUGGGAUCACGCAGGUUGAAGAGCUGGGCGAUGCGAUUCGGCGUUACCAAGAGGAAGGCAAGAAGGUCCAUGUGUUCGCUGAGGGGUAUGACGCGGGCGGUUUGAUGCUUGCGAGCUACGCGGACGAGGUCUUGUUGCAGGAGGGUGGCUAUGUCUCCUUCCCCGGCAUGCACAUGGAAGAGAUGUACAUGGCGGAUAUGUUUGAGUGGAUCGGUGUCAAAGCACAGAUGGUCCAGGUUGGGGACUACAAGGGGGCGAAUGAAACCGCGACUCGUUCAGGGCCGUCUGAUGCGUGGGAUCAGAACAUCUCGUCAUUGCUUGACGGCUUGUACGAGAACAUGCGCACCAUAAUGAAAGACGGGCGUGAUCUCAAUGAUGGCCAACUCGAUCGUGGUAUGACUGUUGCGUGGGCAGCGAGUGGUGAGGAAGCCGAAGAGGUCGGCUUGAUCGAUGGUGUGGUUGAUCUUCCAGAACUCAAGGACUAUCUCUCUGAAUAUUACGACGCGGAAGUGUCGUGGGUGAACAAUCCAUACGAGGUUGAUGGGCCUUCGAUGGAUUUCUCAAACCCGUUCGCAUUCUUGACCAUGAUGUCGCAGACGAGCAGUGUUGAGAUCGAUCAUCCGACCAUCGCGGUGUUGCAUAUCAAUGGCGUGAUUAUUGAUGGUGACUCGAGUCAGGGCGGCAUGUUCGGUGGCGGUUCACAGGUUGGGUCACGCACGAUCCGGAAUGCGAUUGAACAGAUUAUCAAGGAAGAUUUAAUCCAAGGAGUGAUCAUCCGUGUCGAUUCUCCAGGCGGCUCAGCGAUUGCCUCUGAGAUCAUGUGGCAAGGGAUUGAUCGUCUGAAAGAUCACAAGCCGGUCUGGGUUUCAGUUGGUGGGAUGGCUGCAUCCGGCGGGUACUAUGUGCUCUCGGGUGGAGACAAGGUGUAUGUCAAUCCUUCGAGCAUUGUGGGUUCGAUCGGGGUGGUCGGUGGGAAGUACGCGAUCGGUGAAGUCUACGAGAAACUGCACCUGAAUAUUGUCGAGCGUUCACGCGGCCCGGUUGCGGGACUGUUCGGCACCAGCGAAUGGGACGAUCGACAGAUCGCGAUGAUCCGUCAAGAGAUGACAGACACCUAUGAACUCUUCACCGAUCGUGUGAAAGCAGGUCGAAAGGGGAUCAAUCUGAACAGGACGGCUGAAGGGCGUUUGUUUGUUGGUAAUGACGCGAUUCGGCUGAAGAUGGCUGAUGAGAUUGGCGGCUUGGACGACGCGAUUAAUGAUCUUGCUGCUGAGGUCGAUCUGAGCGACUUUGAUGUAGCACACUUCCCGGCGCCUCCUAGCUUUGAAUCGGUGCUUGAGCAGAUGCUGGGUGGGUUCAUCCAAUCUCCUGGUAUGCAGGUCGGAAAAUCCCAAAUCGAGACGACUCUGCGGAUGAUCUUGGGUGAACAGCGAUAUCUUUCCGUGGUUGAUGAACUCAACGGCAUGAUGUUGUUGAGAGAUGAGCCUGUGCUACUGAUGAAUCCUCGUGCAUUGAUCAUUCGAUAA